GCUGCUGCGCUCAAAACUCACCAAAUCACCGUCAUCAUGUUGGCUCUCAGUGCCAGCGCGUUCGUCUCUGCUCUAGAUCUAACUAUUGUAUCAAAUGCUCUACCCGUUAUUUCGGGGUACUUUCAUAGCACUUCCGGCUAUACGUGGAUUGGAAGCGCUUAUGUCUUGGCUAACACAGCUACGACGCCAGCAUGGGGCAAGAUAUCCGACAUUUGGGGACGGAAGCCUCUGCUUUUGGUUGCACUGGUUGUGUUUUUUGUUGGAAGUGUCCUUUGUGGAAUUGCAAAUUCAAUGCCAUUGCUGCUUGCAGGACGGGCAAUUCAAGGUGUGGGUGCUGCUGGGCUGAAUAUCUUGGUAAAUAUUUGCGUUAGUGAUCUGUUCUCGCUCAGAGACAGGGGCUUGUACUUUGGCUUGCUCUCUGUUGUGUGGGCUUGUGCAAGUGGUGUGGGGCCAGUGCUUGGUGGAGUGUUUUCCCAGGAGUUGUCAUGGAGAUGGUGUUUUUAUAUAAACUUGCCCGUCAUCGGAGCAGUGUUCUGCUUGUUGUGGUUCGUCCUCAAACUCGAUACUCCCAAAACACCCGUGUGGGAUGGUCUGAAAGCCGUCGACUGGACAGGCUGCCUGCUUGUUAUCGGGGGUACGCUUAUGCUUCUAUUCGGACUCGAUUUUGGCGGUGUUACUCAGCCAUGGAACUCAGCCACUGUGAUUUGUCUGAUUGUAUUUUCCGUCUUCAUGGGUGCCUUGUUCGUCGUGAACGAGAAGAAGCUUGCUAAAUAUCCUGUGAUCCCAAUGGAUCUUUUCCAAUACCGAUCUGGAAUAGGCUCUUUUGCGCUUUGUUUCUGCCAUGGAUUUGUAUUUAUGGGAGAGGCUUACUAUCUUCCACUAUAUUUCCAGUCUAUACUCGGGUUGAGCCCGGUGAUGUCAGGAGUCUACUUUUUACCUUACAUUCUAACAAUCUGUAUCUCAGGAGCAUUGACAGGACUCAUCAUCCAAAAAACCGGGACAUAUUUGCCAACGACUUACCUGGGGUUAGGCUUGAUGGCUCUCGGCGUCGGGCUGCUCAUCAACCUCGAUAUCGAACUCAAUUGGGCGAAGCUGAUAGCAUACCAGAUCAUUGCCGGCGCGGGCAGCGGGAUGAAUUUCGAGAGUCCUUUGCUCUCAUUACAGGCUGUCGUCGGCACACGCAAUGCUGCGACGGCAACAUCAACCAUCGGGUUCGUGCGGACAUUGUCAUGCGCCAUAUCCGUUGUCAUUGGAACAGUGGUAUUUCAGAACCAAAUGGAAAAGCAAGGACCGAGCCUACUGGCCGCCCUUGGCCCUCAACUAGGCAGUUUGCUAGCCGGGGGGGACGCUGCUGCGAAUAUCGAUGUGAUUAACACGUUGCCGCCGGCACAGCAACUAAUAGCACGACAGGCAUUGGGUCAAUCUCUAAAGACUAUGUGGAUUGUGUAUACUGCAUUUGCUGGUCUUGGGCUGGUUGCGGGUUAUUUGAUAGGCGCGCACCCUCUGAGUCGCGAGCACCAGAGUGCUGUUCUAGGGCUGGAUCGUCACAACAAC